AUGGAAAACUACAAACAGUUUCUUGUCAUUUUGUCCUCCGCCGGCGUUGUGGGCCUUAUUGCCAUCAUAUUUGCGAUAAGAUGGGUUCUUUACUAUCAAGGGGGUCUGGCGUGGGACGGAAAAGCGGCCGAAUUUAACUGGCAUCCGCUCUUGCACAUCUCCGGAUUUAUCUUCCUGCAGGGUGUGGCCAUCAUCGUGUACAGACUACCAUGGACCUGGAAGUACAAUAAACUUAUCAUGAAGUUUGUCCAUGCAACCUUGAACUUGGUGGCCUUUAUUUUUGCCGUUGUGGCUACAGUGGCAGUUUUCGACUUCCAUAAUGAUGCCAAUAUCCCCAACAUGUACAGUCUACACAGCUGGGUGGGCCUGGCAGCUGUAAUACUUUACGGUCUACAACUUGUUUUAGGGGUUGGCCUGUAUUUGAUGCCAUUUACGCCUGUAUCCUGGAGAGCAGCCUUUAUGCCCAUCCAUACCUACAGUGGCCUUUUCCUCUUUGGUUCAGUUAUAGCAGCGGCACUCAUGGGUAUCACUGAGAAACUUAUAUUUAGCCUGAAAACCAACCCAGCAUAUAAGGAUUUGCCCCCACAGGCGAUAUUUGUGAACAUUCUGGGACUCCUUCUUGUGAUUUUUGGAGCACUAAUCCUUUGGAUUGCCACUCGGCAGUCUUGGAAACGGCCCAGUGAACAGUUCUUGCAUAGUUUGCAUUCCGACAGGGGCAGUGAGGUUGGCUCAAAAGUGGGUCCAUCCCUGUCUCAACUCUCAGAUGGAGUAGAGGGUGAAGAAGCCUUUGGAGAGGUCCGCAGGAGGAAUAAUAAGUUUGAGGACCAGGUCAACUGA